UAUAAUAUGAACAAAAUAGAAAGUGGUGAAUUGAUAUUACCGCGAGUCAAGUUGGCGCCGAACAACAACAAUGUACUGAGCCACACGCUGAAUGUGGAACCAAUCUUAGAAAAACCUCAAAGGAAAUCACCUGAAAAUCUUGUCAACACCGCCAGAAAGACCUACAAUUCGGGGAUCACCAGAGAUGUUAACUACAGAGAGAAACAACUUAAAGGUCUCCUGAGAUUUUUGGAGGAAAGGUGCGCUGACAUCGAAGUUGCCCUGUACGAGGACAUCAGGAAACCUAAGCAGGAAACGAACAUGGGUGAGAUUUGGCCCGUUGCCAAUGAUUUAAGACAAACCAUUUUCGAGUUCAAACGGUGGGCCAAACCAGCUAAACAACAGAAACGAUUGAUCAACUUGCUGGAUGAUGUCAAAAUUCAUCAGGAUCCUUACGGGGUUGUUCUCAUCGUUGGUGCAUGGAAUUAUCCCAUUCUUCUCACUUUAGGACCGUUAAUAGGUGCCCUAGCAGCUGGAAACUGCGUCAUCUUGAAACCGUCAGAACUGAGUCCGCACACCGCAGAACUACUGAGUAGACUGCUCCCCAAGUAUUUGGAUCCGGAAGUCGUUCAAGUUACUCUCGGAGGCAUCCCCGAAACAAAUGAGCUGCUGAAGGAAAGAUUCGACUACAUUUUCUUCACAGGCUCGACGGCCGUCGGUAAAAUCGUCUACAAAGCAGCCGCCGAACAUCUGACGCCCGUCACCCUUGAAUUAGGGGGAAAAAGUCCGGUGUACUUGGACAACACGGGCAAUAUGGAGCAGGCGGCCCGCAGGAUACUUUGGGGCAGAUUUCUGAACAGCGGACAGACUUGCGUCUCGCCGGAUUACAUACUCUGCACUGCGGAAGUCCAAAAUGAGUUUAUUGAAGCGAGCAAGAAAGUUUUGGAAACUUUUUAUGGACCCAAUCCAUUGUUGGCUCCAGACUUAAGCAAAAUUGUUACAGAAAGACAUUUUAAUCGUUUGUUAAAUUUAAUCCAAUCGGAAAAGGUGGCGAUUGGUGGAGUGUACGAUAAAGCCAAUAGACUGAUUGCACCGACAAUUUUAAGAGAUGUUAGCCCUAAUGAUCCGGUGAUGCAAGAGGAAAUUUUUGGUCCAAUAUUACCUAUUUUGGUUGUUAAAAAUGUGGACGAAGCUAUUGAUUAUAUAAACGUCAGGGAUAAACCUUUGGCUUUGUAUAUUUUUUCUAAAAACAAAGAUGUGCAAAAUAAAAUUCUUAAAUUUACGUCAGCUGGCGGAGUUGCAAUUAAUGACACAGUCUCACAUUUAAUAACAGAAAAUAUUCCGUUUGGUGGGGUUGGAGCCAGCGGAAUGGGAGCUUAUCAUGGCAAAGAAGGUUUUGACACCUUCUCACAUAAAAAAGGAGUUUUGAUUAAGGACGUGUCGUCAUUAACAGACUUUGGUCUUGAGAUGAGGUAUCCUCCGUAUUCUGAAAAAAAGACUUCAAUGAUGAACUUCUUACUUAAAAAAAGAAAAGGUAUAAACAUCGACAGACUGCAAAAUUUCAUUAUAUUUAUUUUUGGGAUGUUAUUUGCUUACUUAAUAAUGUAUUUAAAGAAGAUUAAUUAAGUGUGAAAUAUAUUUAUUGUGUACUUAAUAUAUUAUUAUAUGUAGAAAUAUUAUUACAGCAAUAUUUGUAGAGUGUACAAAUGUAGAUAUUAACUUUAUGAAUUAUAUUUUUAGAGCUUUAAAAUCUGUAAUCCUUUUAAGACAAAUAAAUACUCAUUAGUAUAUUA